UGGGCUCUUUGUUUCAUAAUAACUCACUGUAUUUCACAAAUUUCUUUACCUGCUUUUUGCACAAGUUACAUUGGAAAAUCGUUGAAGGUUUACGUGACUUCCAUGGAUCAGGACGAUCUUUUGACAUUUUUAAGGGAACGCAACAUCGAAGAGGCAAACAUAGCCAGAAUUGAACAAGACAAGAUUGAUGCAUCUGUAAUACCCUUGAUGCCAGAGACAGAGCUAGCCAAGUAUAUUCCUUGUUAUGGAGACAGAGUGGCAACUGUGGCCUUUUGUCGAAGAAAACAGUGUUCCAUUGAAAAUACUGACAGGAAAAGUAACUUGUUUGAAAGAUUAAGGAAAUGAGUAUGUACCCCAAGUGGCAAAGAAGAACAUUGACAACAGAUUUCAAAAAAAUAUGCUGGAAACACAAAUGCCAAGAAGAAAUCCAAGCGUGUGGAACUGGGCUGGAUGAACUUCAAUGCAAGAGACAAUGACUUCAAACAAGUUCGGUCUGCAAAAGGUGGUGGAACCAGGCAUGUCUCUAUAGAUGUGAAUUCAACCAUGAAAGAUGUGCAGGAAAUAGCAGAGGGUCUCUUUUUUCCAGAUGGUAAAUCCAGACAUCUAGAUCUGAAAAGUUUGGACUGUGAGAUUCGAGAUUUCUCCCACAGAAUGAUUGAAUCGGAAUGUACCACUGGAGAUUUGUAUGAAGCAAGUAAGGUUAAAAUUCUCAGACUUUAUCUUUUUACAAAGUGCAUCAGUACACAGAAGAAUACAAAAAACUCUGUCACAAAUCCUGAAGCAGAUGUCAAGUUGAAUGAAAGUGCCCAAGAUGACAACCAAGCAUCUAGCAGCUUUAGCACCAAUGUAAGUGAAACAAUUGAGCUCACAUUUUCAGAGGAGUCUGAAGAGACCAAUUUCAUGUUACAUGAUCCACUUUAUAUUAUGGCCCAGCAAAUAUCAGUCAUGCAGAAUGAUGAUAUAAUUGAGGUAGAGAACUGGGAGGACAGUUUCCAAGAACAAAUGAUAACACUGAGUCAGGAAAGUGAUUUAACUAAAGAAAAUGUGAACACAUUGCAAGUACGGAGCCCAGGGGCAUUCAACUCCAGUUCCACAUCACAAAAUGUAGAGGAACAACUGAUCACAACUGAUGUGGAAGAGACACCAUUUGAGGAAUCAUUUGAUAAUGAAGUCACAAUUGGAGGAGGUUCACUUCAGUUUGGAAGCUUGGAUGAUACAGUUCCAAUUGAGAUACCAAAGACUAUUAUUUUGGUGCGAAGAGGACAAGUUCUGGGUGAUCUGAUGCAAGCUUUCAAUGACCCAGCAAUGAUGGACAAAGAGAUCAGUAUUCGAAUGAAACUACCUAAUGGGCAGAUUGAACAAGGCAUUGUAUCAGGUGUUUUUCGUGACUGCUUGACAGAAUUCUGGGAUGAAUUUUAUUCCAGAUGUGCUUUGGAUGCAGAUGUCAAGGUCCCAUUCCUUAGACAUGAAUUUCAGAGCGAUGAAUGGCAAGCUAUUGCAAGAGUAUUGGUCAAAGGAUGGGAAGAAGUCAAGUACUUUCCUAUUCGUCUUUCCCUGCCAUUUCUUGAAGAAGCUUUAUAUGGUACCACAUAUAGUAGUGUCUUAGAUUCGUUUAUGCACUACAUAGCAAAACAUGAGCGUGAUGUCAUUGAAGAGGCAAUGGCAAACUUCAACUCAGCUGAUCAUGAGUCACUUCUUGAUGUUCUUGAUUCCAAUGAUUGUCACCAGAGGCCUACUGAAGAAAAUCUACCUCAACUUUUGGAACAGUUAGGCCAUAAAGCUCUCAUCCAAACCCCUAUGUUUGUGAUUGAAUCCUGGAGACCUGUUCUUAAGGAUUUUGCUAGUACUUUGUCACCACAAAAGCUAGCAAACAUUAUUCAAGAGCAAAAACCAACACCCAAGCUUGUAAAGGAUAUCCUUGUUUUUCCUGAAGUCAUGACAGCCCAGCAGUGCUUUGUAUCAAGAUUCCUGAAAAAGUACAUUAUGGAAUUGGAUGACAAUAGGGAUAUGCCGGUCCUCAGUGACUGGAACAAAGGCAUGGACACAGGCACGGACAACCUCAGGUGCGACAUAUCCGACCUCACCACAUGGGACUGCUCCAUCCUCUGUCGCAUCUCACAAUUCGUGGACAUCCUCCAGUUUGCAGUACACUCUCCACGAAGUUCAACCUUACGCCAGUGUCCCCACUGCCAGAUUAGGAUGAACUGCCGACACCGGUCCUGUAUUAAGAUGGAGAAGCUGAAAGCUCUGGGAUAUGUUCCUCUUCUUCUGCUGGGGAAAUGUUUGAGUCCAGAAGAAGAACCAGAGGUCACAGAAGGUAAUGAAGCAGAAAGGCAGGACUUGAAAGAGACUGUAGAAGAGAACAUACUGGAAAACAAUGUAGAAGUGGAAAGACUGGAGGAUGAAGAGCAGAUUGAAGAACAACAGAUAAAAAACAAAUCAGCUGUCAACAUGGCAGCAAAGAGAAAGCGUCCAAAAAAUACGGACACAGCCCCGCACCUUCGCCACCGAGGAAUCCAAAGUGGCGUUUACGCUCACGUUACUGUCGGGCAAGGCAGCCCUAUGGGGGGACGGCGGUGUGGGAGAAUCAACAUCCGUGCUGUGCCUCGUUUCCACGCCCUCUCUGAGGAGAUGAGGAGGGUUUUCGAUCGAGCCGCGGCCAGCAGGGAGGCCGCUCACCAGCUCUCAGACCUUCGUCAAGGCACGUCAUCUGUCACGGAUUACUCCAUCGAAUUCCGCACCCUGGCGGCUGCGUGCCAGUGGAACGAGGCGGCGCAGUGGGAUCGAUUCCUGCAUGGGUUAUCCGACCGUGUUCUAAAGGAGCUCUAUCUCCUCGAGCUGCCCCCACACCUAAAUGGAUUAAUCGACUUGGCCUUACGAGUUGAUGCCCGGAUUAAUCGCCUGGGUCGCCAGUCCAGUCCUACACGUCAUACAAUCUCUCCAGAUAGGGGGCGCUUUGAGUCGAGAGAACGCGGGUCGGUCCCAUCGACGACCACGAGCCCAUGCAGGUGGGUAGAGCUCGGCUGGUCCCGGAGGGAGAGGGGAACAGCGGAGAUCCCAAGGACCUAUGUUUUUACUGUGGAGGCUCAGAACACAACAUCUACUCAUGCCCGGUAA